UGCAUGUGGUGGCGCAUGGCACAGGCCGAGCACACUCGGCGAGUUGCACAAUUGGCAUUUGCAGCAACGUCGAACGAUGGAGGUGCGUGCGAAGAACGUUGUGAUCCACGUCUCAAAGGCGAGCGUGGGGGACGUCGCUCUGAGGCGCUUGCAAGGGCGCACCCACCACGUCGCCAAGUCCAAGCGCAAUCGGUGCAAUGAAUGCUCCGCGCGACUUGUCUUCUUCUGGAACAAGCGCAAUUGUCACAUGUGCGGCGAAGUUGUGUGCACGACAUGCCGCCGGGUCGUCGUCGUAGACCGGCCUCGGUCAUUCAAACCGCAUCCACCGCCUCCGAUCGUCCAAGCCAAAGUGUGCCAGCAUUGCAUCGACGCCCACUUUAGCAAACCCACGUCUCCCCAUCCUCACCCGUCCAAGGGUACAAAAGCCACGGAACAACACGCUCCACAGCGCACGGCUACGAAAAUCUGGCUACAGAACAUCGUUACGAGCAAGCAGCCGCGCCAAGAGUCGCGGCGCAGCGGUCGCCACUCCGUCCACCGCUCGUCGGUCCAUCGCCCCAUGCGCAAUCACGCAUUCGACUCGCCGCGUGUCCGGCGAACGUCUCGACACAGCCAACGGCUGUACGUGGCCCCAAGACCAAGCAAAUGGAACAACCCUUGGAGCCCGCCGCCGAUGCUCGCGGACGAAAGCGAACGACUGCGAACGCUGCGGACUUUCCACAUCUUGGACACGCCAGGCGAAGACAUUUGCGACAUCCUGUGCGACCUCGCGGCCACAACGUACGCGUGUCCUGUGGCUGGCGUCACCUUCAUGGACAAGGACCGGCAAUGGUUCAAGGCUCGCCACGGGCUCAAGCAAAACGAAAUUCCGCGUAAGGUCGCGUUGUGUGCGCAUGCGCUGGUGAACCCCACGGCGCCGAUGGUGGUGCUGAACGCGGCCGAGGACCCCCGCUUCGCCAAGAACCCCCUCGUGACAGGCCAGGCCCAGUUCAGGUUUUACAUGAGCGUACCGAUUUCUACGACACUUGGCCACGCGAUCGGGACGGUCUUCGUGGCCGACACCAAGCCUCGCCAGCGCGCCGACGUCGACGAACUCGAGAAGCUCGCCCAAGCGGUGUUGCAGUAUCUCAUGGACCGGCUGAACAAGACCGACGGAAGCGACGAUGACGUGGUCGCAGCCCACCUGCGCGACAACAACCAAAGCGGCUUGUGUGGAGUCGACGUAUAGCUCUUCUCUGUUAUGUACUUGUGUUGUCAGCGCUGCAGGUCCAUCCAUCGAGAGAGACUAGCGAUGGGGUUGUAACUCGAUAGCCCGUUCCACGACGGCCCAUGGCGACAACUUAACUCCACUCGGCACACACACUUUCGAUGAGGCGUCGAAGAUGACGAUUGUCAGGCAAGCAUGCAGCGAUUUUGAACGGAUGCAGAGUUUACCGC